AUGACCACUGAAGGCUCUGCCACUCCUAGAGCCAAUGUUGCAGGAGGCUUAGCGCUGGGAAACACAAGUCUUACCAGUGAGCUGGCCAUGGCCUGCUUUGACAUGUUGCGUCAAGCAAUGGGUAUACUUGAAAAUGAGGAAACUUUCGAGAAAGAGGCACUUUCGAUAUCUCACGCUGCAGAAGCUUUCACACUCUGGAUGGUAAGACACCGUGUGCCAGAUGGAGAUCUCGACAAAGUGUUAGUGCGGUCAGAAAAAGUGCAUGGUGCUGUGAUCGCUUCGCUAAGGGACAUUGCACUAAAGUUAUGCCGCGAUAUGAAUUUGAGGAUGCCUACGAGAGCGAGCGAAGAACCCCAGAGCAAGGCCAAGAUUCUAGAACUAGAAUCGUUAUUAACGCGGUCCCUUGCUUUGCUUUACAGUACGGAUUACUUGGAUGAAUACAUGGAGGAUGAGGGGGAUACCGAGGACAGUCCCUCCGAGCAUGGAGACCUUGAAUCAUGUAUAUAUGAACUUGUUACUUACGUCCAGUGUCUUAUAGACCUUGAUCCGGCCAUCGCAGAACCGACAUUCGACCCGGGAGCUACAUAUGAGGAGACAUUCACGAUAAAGCCUCUAGACAAACAUCACCAAUACGUUAUGAGGAUUCGAGAUCUGUUUCCAGAAACGCCACUGGACAUGGCUGAUCUGCUCGGCAAAUCAAAUUUGCGUCGAUACUGGGAGCUAAUUCAAGAAAGAGAGACUGCAACUACACUUUUGGAAGGCAGGGGAUUGAUUACAGCGUAUGACAAUCAAGGCGUUCUGGAUAUCGACUGCAUCAUGGCUGAAAGGCUAGCCAAAUCCAGUAGAGCCCCGAAGUCGUUUCACGACUCUGGUAUCGGGUCUUCAGUUCAAACACAAAGUGUCUAUGCGAGAUCGGCCAGGUCCUCUGCGGUGUCGAAUAUGGGUUCUGGACGGAACAGCGCAUUUCCUGCAAUUCCAUCGGAGGCGAAAUCUGGAGAUCCUUUCCUGUGUGAAGCCUGCAACCAGUUCGUGAAAGUCACCAAAUCAAGACAUUGGAAGCAGCAUCUUAUUGAAGAUCUGAAGCCCUAUGUGUGUAUAUACGCGCACUGCAGUGCUGGAGACAUUCCGUUCCCCAACCGGCAAGCCUGGUCGCAACAUAUGAGAUCAGAGCAUAGCUCUGCACAUCUAAUGGCAUACUAUACAUGCCCGUUCUGUCCCGAAGUUAGAGAAGGUGAGACCACCGCAAUGCUAGUGCAUGUGUGCAAGCAUUUGGAAGUUAUAUCUGCAAUCAUACUUCCUCGCAACAACGGCGACUCAGACGAAUCGAGUGACAGUGAGAGCAUUGACGAGGCAAAAGAGCCCUUUCUGUCAAACGAAGAUGUGUAUCAUAGCGAGGCUUCUCAGUUUAAAGCCAACACUACUUCCUCAAGUAAUGUCAAUCUCCACGAUAGCGGCUCCCCCAAAAAACAAUCAACCUCAUCAGUCGCUUCGAGUAUGCCCAAUAUUACUCUGGAUAAAGAAUUCACCAUCAAACCAUCCAAAUACUUUGUGCCGGGCGAGGUCUUCAAAUUCGAGUGGCUUGAGCCUAACGGGUCGGGGUCGAGAAAGAAAUUCUCCAACAACUCCGAAGCCUCUUUUACAGAAGCAAGUGAGAUGAGUGUUGAAGGAGAGAUGUAUUACACUAGCAUACGCCGCUUCGUUGUGGUCAGCACCGAGAACAAUUCUAGCAUCUGCGUCCCUAUUCUCACGUAUGAGGGCAGGGGCUGCAACAAGCCUGGUGUUCAGCCUGAAAACCACGGCAUCGUUUACGAGCCGCCUAACUCCCCUACUCGUUUAAGGGGUGAACCAGCGCAUGGCUUUGGACCAGUACGAAUGCAACUUUAUGCCGAAGGCGAAACCUUGGUGGCCGAAUCGAGAAUCAACUAUUCAAAAUUGGUGUCUAUUGAACAUAACUUCGCCGUUAUGUUCAUUGGGCGGAUAUAUAGUCAGGACUUCGGUACUAUCUUGGGUGCAGUGGAUCAUUGCUGGGCGAGAAGGAGGUGA